AUGGCGUCCGCGUUCCAGAAUACGUGGCAAACUGCGCUCGAAGUCGAAAAGGAGCUCCUCAGGAGCCUUGCCGAGAAAGAGCCAACGUUUGCUGAAAUUUCUCAUUUCCUUUCGGAAUUCCGCUCCGCUUGUCAAAAUGCUGUUCUCCAGGCCUUCGAAACCGCCCGCUCCGCUGAUGUCGAAAGUCGCCUUUGGGACGCGCAUCUCAAGAUCAACACUCGGUUCCGCAAACUGCUUUCCCGCUUCCGUGAUGAAAGCGGGAAGAAAAAGAAGCCGGUAGAGAAGCGGAAACUUGAAAAACACUACCUCGAGUUCAUCAAAUCAAGUCAACGGUUCUAUCGAGCCUACAUUCAACAAUUAUCCUCCCAUUUCGGAGGCAUCCCGGAGCUGGAAAAGGUUGCGCGGAAAUUCAAUUCUGACAAUUUGUCUGCGGAGCCUCCGAUCCAAGCUUCCGAAUCUCUCAGAAGGCUCGUUCUUUUGUCGUGCCAUGCAACACUUAUUCGUCUGGGUGAUCUCUCGCGCUACCGCGAAACCGAGCUGGUAAGCAAGAACCGCAAUUGGGGCCCGGCCAUCGGUUAUUAUGACCUGGCCACGUUGAUCCAUCCGGCUUCUGGUGCGCCCCAUAACCAGCUGGCGGUCAUUGCUUUGGCCGACGGAAAUCAUCUAAGGGCCACUUAUCAUCUUUAUAGAGCGCUGGGGGCCCAAGAGCCCCAUCCAUCAGCAAAGGGCAACCUGGAGAUCGAGUUCAGAAAGGUGAUGACUGCAUGGACCAAACGCGAGUUGAUUCGACCCGAAGAUGCAGGGAUCGAUUUUCCCGAACAUGACGAGCUUGAGAGUGAAGUCCUGAACCAGCUUGCUGUGGACUUGAAGGAGCGCUCACUCGAAGGUACUUUACAAAAGUUUUGCCUGAUCAAUAUUGCUGCCGAGGAUUUCUCCCGCACACGCACCACUGAAGAAAACGCACCAAAUGCGCGUCUCUUCUUCCAGCGGAUCAACGUGAAGACCUUCUUCACAUUACUCCAGAUACUCCUAGCCGAAGUGGAACGAUUUGCGGUUGAAGAUUCGAGCAGCAAAGACGCAAAGUCUGGACCUGACAAGGUCACAGUCGUCGCGCGACGUAUCCUGCCGGCACUCCGGAACUACAGCUCUUGGCUUCUUACGGCCAGCAGCCUGUUGGUCUCGUACCAAGGGGAAAAGGACACUCCUCUCGCUGUCCAGAUAACUGAGUUCUGGAAGAUAUAUGCCAACACUCUGACCCUUCUCGCGUCGACGUUUGAUGUGGUACAUCUUCCCGAGAUCGAUUAUCUACUGGAAGAGGAUGAAGAGACACUAUGUUUCGCGCCCCUGGCCAAGGAAUCAACCACUCGGAGAUAUUUUAGCUCGACUGGCCAGCAGAAGCCUCGAAUGAACGAUCCAGGAGUGGAAAGGAAUCAUCCCAAUAUGGAGAUGCUCUACCGAAUCCGCGAAUUCGUGAUCGAUGGGUUGGACCUUGUUGUGAGCAAUAAAAUUCCCAUCGCCUUGGUGGAUGACGAAGACAAGAAAACAUUCAUCUACCAAGAAGAAGGGCUUCCAUCGCAAUUCUUCGCCAGCCCAUCGGGUCAUCACCAUACGCUCUCCUCUGCUAGUAUCGAACGGGACGAUAUCCAACAGGCGACGCACGAUGUCCACCAUAAUGUAGACACCAAGAGUGUCUUUGGCGGGUCACAAUCCGCCUCUGCAUCCAUGUCAGCCAGCAUGCAUCGCAUCGUCGAAGGUGUAGAGCGAUUGGUCGAAUCAGACACCUACGAGAACGCCCCGGCCGUGCCAGAGAAUCUGACUUUCCCACAAUCCAGCAAUCAACAGCGACCGUCCAGCCAGUUCUUUGAUCCUAUCAGUGCGGACUCCAUUUUUCAAGAGGACCUCCUUCCUCGGCAGAUUCCAACUGCUCCUCCCGGGCUCGUGGCACCGAUGGCAGGAUCUGCAGCUCUAGCCCGGAUGUCGUCGUCCCAAUCAUACACCCCACGCCCCUCCCUCCCCGGCAUCCCAAGCAUCUGGAAUACAGCUCUAUCGCCAGAACUUGGUGACGCGCCUUCGCCACGGACCCCACCAGGCCUGGGACAACAAUAUCCGGCUUCAAUGCUGUCUGGAAACAUCGGCAGCCCCAGUCACCGCCAUCCCUCUCAGGAUUCGAUUGCGAACGAGCUCAUGCUCCGUAAAAGUCUGGUAAAUCAAUCCCAGAUGCAGAGCGCUUUCAACGGCCCUGGCGCCAUAUCCUCCUCAUGGAUGCCCUCGUCACACUCGAUAUCGCAUCAUCGUCUUUCCGGGAUGUCAUGGGAUCGACACCUAGACGCCGCCGCAAACACUCCCGCAUCCCUUGGAGUGCCAAGCCAACCCAUAUCCAGCGGUUUAUCUAACACGUCGUGGGCCAACGACGCGUUCAUUGCCAGCAGUUUUCCCUCCGGAGCAGGCUACCCUACUUCAGGCUUCGGCAACAGUCGUAAAUCCGCCACGCAAUACGGUGCCAUCGGCCAGACUCCUCCCUGCGGACACGGAGGCUGA